AUGCACAUACCGCUGGCCCCGGACCUGGCCCCCGGAAGUCGCCGUCGUGUUUCUUCACGAGAUGGCCCAGCACUCGCUAAGCCCAUGUGCGCGAAAUGCCGACCGCGCCUGGGCUCUGUCUGGGCAGAUGAAGAGGUCCUGAGAGGCGCCUACCGUGCCUGCCGUGUCUGCCGUACCUUCCUGCUCAUUGGGCGAAUGUUUGGCCUCCAUCCGUGGCGAUUCGGAUAUCAGGCCGGCCAAGCCCAGGCCAAGUAGCAAUUG